UUUGUGCGAGCCCGGGCGAUAGCAUCGGCGGCGGCUGGAGGAGGAGCGGCCGGAGACGCGUGCAGCCCGCCCGCCAGCGCCCGGCAGCCGGGGCAGGUGGGAGCCCGCGCGGGAGCCGAGCCGACGCGAGUCGGAGCCGGAGCCGAGUCCAAGCAGAGCCCGGGCGGAGCCCAGGAGCCUCGCUCCCGGGCAGCCCGUGGGCGGCAGCCAGGCGGGGCGGGCGCCGGCUGGGCGGCCCCCCAGUAAGAUGUGCGCGGCGCCGCGGGGCGCCCCCCACUCGCAGCGGCGCUCCGGAGCCGGGCGGCUGGGCCAGGCGGCGCCUUCGGGGCUGCUGCGCGCCCGCGCCUAGAGCUGCCGCCCCAGGGAGCCCGCCACGGCCGCGCCCCGGGCACGCUCGGCGGCGCCCAACGAUGACCGCUCCCUGGCGGCGCCUCCGGAGUCUGGUUUGGGAAUACUGGGCCGGGCUCCUCGUGUGCGCCUUCUGGAUCCCGGACUCGCGCGGGAUGCCCCACGUCAUCCGGAUCGGAGGAAUCUUCGAGUAUGCGGACGGCCCCAACGCCCAGGUCAUGAAUGCUGAGGAGCACGCCUUUCGAUUUUCUGCCAACAUCAUCAACAGGAACAGGACUCUGCUGCCCAACACAACCUUGACCUAUGACAUACAGAGGAUUCACUUCCAUGACAGCUUCGAGGCGACCAAAAAGGCCUGUGACCAGCUGGCACUGGGCGUGGUGGCGAUCUUCGGCCCAUCGCAAGGCUCCUGCACCAACGCCGUCCAGUCCAUCUGCAAUGCCCUGGAGGUGCCACACAUCCAGCUGCGUUGGAAGCACCACCCGCUGGACAACAAGGAUACCUUCUACGUGAACCUCUACCCUGACUACGCCUCGCUCAGCCAUGCCAUCCUCGACCUGGUCCAGUACCUCAAGUGGCGGUCAGCCACCGUGGUCUAUGAUGACAGUACAGGGCUCAUCCGGCUGCAGGAGCUCAUCAUGGCCCCAUCGAGAUACAACAUCCGCCUGAAGAUCCGUCAGCUCCCCAUCGACUCUGACGACUCGCGCCCCUUGCUCAAGGAGAUGAAGCGAGGCCGGGAAUUCCGCAUUAUCUUUGACUGCAGCCACACUAUGGCAGCCCAGAUCCUCAAGCAGGCCAUGGCCAUGGGCAUGAUGACUGAGUACUACCACUUCAUCUUCACCACUCUGGAUCUCUACGCUUUAGACCUGGAACCCUACCGCUACUCAGGUGUGAACCUGACAGGAUUCCGGAUUCUCAAUGUGGACAACCCACACGUCUCGGCCAUUGUGGAGAAGUGGUCCAUGGAGCGGCUGCAGGCAGCUCCCCGGGCCGAGUCUGGCCUACUGGACGGAGUGAUGAUGACUGACGCAGCCUUACUGUACGACGCCGUCCACAUCGUGUCCGUGUGCUACCAGCGGGCGCCACAGAUGACCGUGAACUCCCUGCAGUGCCAUCGGCACAAGGCCUGGCGCUUUGGCGGCCGCUUCAUGAACUUCAUCAAGGAGGCUCAAUGGGAAGGAUUAACUGGACGAAUUGUUUUCAACAAAACUAGUGGCUUGCGGACGGAUUUUGACCUGGACAUCAUCAGCCUGAAAGAGGAUGGCCUGGAGAAGGUUGGGGUGUGGAGUCCUGCCGACGGGCUCAACAUCACGGAGGUUGCCAAAGGCCGAGGCCCUAAUGUCACCGACUCUCUGACAAACAGAUCACUCAUUGUCACCACAGUGCUGGAGGAGCCCUUUGUCAUGUUUCGGAAGUCAGACAGGACGCUAUACGGGAAUGACCGGUUCGAGGGCUACUGCAUCGACCUGCUGAAGGAGCUGGCCCACAUCCUCGGUUUCUCCUAUGAGAUCCGGCUGGUGGAGGAUGGCAAGUACGGGGCACAGGAUGACAAGGGCCAGUGGAACGGCAUGGUCAAGGAGCUCAUCGACCACAAGGCAGAUCUGGCCGUGGCCCCCCUGACCAUCACCCAUGUUCGAGAGAAGGCCAUCGACUUCUCCAAGCCCUUCAUGACACUUGGUGUGAGCAUCCUGUAUCGAAAGCCCAAUGGCACCAACCCCAGCGUCUUCUCCUUCCUCAAUCCCCUGUCCCCAGACAUCUGGAUGUAUGUGCUCCUUGCCUACCUGGGGGUCAGCUGUGUCCUCUUUGUCAUCGCCAGGUUCAGCCCUUAUGAGUGGUACGAUGCUCACCCCUGCAACCCUGGCUCCGAGGUGGUGGAAAAUAACUUCACUCUGCUUAACAGCUUCUGGUUUGGAAUGGGAUCCCUGAUGCAGCAAGGGUCUGAGCUGAUGCCCAAAGCCCUGUCCACACGCAUCAUUGGUGGCAUCUGGUGGUUCUUCACGCUCAUCAUCAUCUCUUCCUACACGGCCAACCUGGCUGCCUUUCUGACCGUGGAGCGCAUGGAAUCACCCAUUGACUCUGCUGAUGACCUGGCCAAGCAAACCAAAAUUGAGUAUGGGGCUGUCAAGGACGGGGCCACCAUGACCUUCUUCAAGAAAUCCAAGAUCUCCACCUUCGAGAAGAUGUGGGCCUUCAUGAGCAGCAAGCCCUCGGCACUGGUGAAGAACAACGAGGAGGGCAUCCAGAGGGCCCUGACGGCCGACUACGCGCUGCUCAUGGAGUCCACCACCAUCGAGUAUGUCACGCAGAGGAACUGCAACCUCACCCAGAUCGGGGGCCUCAUUGACUCCAAGGGCUACGGCAUCGGCACGCCCAUGGGCUCCCCAUACCGGGACAAGAUCACCAUCGCCAUCCUGCAGCUUCAGGAGGAGGACAAGCUGCAUAUCAUGAAGGAGAAGUGGUGGCGGGGCAGCGGGUGUCCUGAGGAGGAAAACAAAGAGGCCAGUGCCCUGGGGAUCCAGAAGAUCGGGGGCAUCUUCAUUGUCCUGGCCGCCGGGCUGGUCCUCUCUGUGCUGGUGGCCGUGGGCGAGUUUGUGUACAAGCUCCGCAAAACAGCAGAGAGAGAGCAGCGUUCCUUCUGCAGCACCGUAGCCGAUGAGAUCCGUUUCUCCCUCACCUGCCAGCGUCGAGUCAAGCACAAGCCGCAGCCUCCCAUGAUGGUCAAGACUGACGCCGUCAUCAACAUGCACACAUUCAAUGACCGCCGGCUUCCCGGCAAGGACAGCAUGGCCUGCAGCACAUCCUUAGCCCCUGUGUUCCCCUAGGCACAGCUGGGGUGGGGACCACAGGCCUGGGGGCUGGGCAGAGGAAAGCAAAGGAGAUUGGAAGGAACGUCCCCUGUCCCCACACUGGGCUGGGGGACCAGAGCUGCCACCUGACUGUUGGGCCAGGAGCCUCCUGCCCUUAACUGCCAGGAAGCCAGCAGGCUCUCAGGCCAGCUGCUUGGGCUUCAUCCUCCUCAGAUCUUCUGUGGGUUUCUAAAGCUGCCAGCCGAGAUAGCCAAGGCCAAAGGAAGCACAUGCCUCUCUCAGGCCAAACUCACCCGCCCCUCAACUCUCCUCCAGAGUCGGAAGUUUCUGCCACGGCCCUGCAGAGGCCACAGAAAAUGGAAGACAGCUCUUAUAUUGCCAUUUCUUCCGCAAGAGCCCAGGCCUCCUACAGCUUGACCAUGAGGCCAGAGACACAAGCCUUCGGCGCCUUAAGGAUGUUCUAGCAUGGCUGCCAAUGGGAGCUCACGGUGAGGGAUACCCAUCCUAUAUGCCUGGGCAGAAGGAAGACUUCAUCCCUCUGGGGCUGUUCACGUGGUCCUAAUCUUCUGAACUUGGUGCCGCCCCUGGCAGCCCCUGUUCUGGCAGAGUUGAAGACAGAGCCACACAGGGGAAAAGAGGAGUUUGGGGUAUGGGAGAGAAGAGAAUGCACAAACAGAGGCCGCCAUUUUGGAUUCUUAUGGACAAUGACCCAGUGGUUCGUAAUCCUCUAGGAUGUCUCUGAGAAUAUAAGUAGGGGAGUGGCCACAGAAAAUUCUUCUCCACUUUCUAGCCAGAGGAGAGAGGACCCCCUGAAUUUCUCACAAAGGAUGCCCAAAGAUGCAGCCAGUAUUUGAAGCCCAGCAGAGGAAAAGCAGAUUCCACGGAAGUCUCACCGGCUCUUGUGCCAAUGGAUCUCACUUUCCUGGUUAGCAAGCUAUUGUCUAAACCCUGUUUGCAUUUGGAAACCUGGGCUCUUUGCCAUCUUCUCAUCAACAACUCCCCAUUUCUGGCUGGUUGACCUUGGCCUCCCUCUGUCUUUUCGAAAGGAGAAGAGUUGGUUGAAGUGAAAGUCAAGUUGUCCCUCCUCAAAAAAGGAGUCAGUGUCCUACUACACAGACUAACUUUGGGCUAGGUGAGGGAAACCAGAAGAGACCAGAAGAACUUCUGGUCUCCUAGACUUACCAAACCUAGAGAUGCUGCCCAGAAAAAGAAAGUUUCCAGGGACAUAAUAUCAUAGCUGGCAGAGGCCCCAAGGGUGGGGAGGAAGAAGCUGCCUCCUGGAGAAUUAACCAAAGACCCCACACAGAGACAUGAGGCCAUCCUGGCCCCUUGUCUGUUGUCCAGAGCAGCUGUGACCUUGUGGGGCUUGGGGAAGACAGCAGAGAAGUAGCAGCAGGUUGGGUACCAGCCAGGGGGUGGACCUAUGAGUUCCAGCUUGCUGUGAUGAGUGCUUAGAGGUCUGUGACUUUAAGAGUGUUGCAAAAGAAUGAGACAUGAAGGAUUAGGAACAAAGUGUCCUUAAAGAGAACAUGAUGGGCCAGCAGGUUUGCCAUGGCCAAGGAUGGAGGGCAGGCUUUGAACAGGGGAGGGAGGUUCUGGGGAUUCUGGAUGAGAACUGGAGCAUACUAGCCACUCCCCUCCCACCUCUGUCCCAUGCUGCUUGGGAAGCCCGGUUAGGGAAGAUCUUCAUUUGGAUCUCAAGGGCUUUCUCAUCUGGGUGAAGGGUAAUCUCUAGCAAAGCAGGAGACCACAGUGGGCUCAUGUGAUAAACAGUGUCCCUCCUCCAGACUGUGAGCUGCAGGACCAAACCAGCGGGUUCCCAGAAUCCCAGCAGCUCUGACUGGCUAUGUACAUUGGACGAGGGAGAGGAGGGCUAGACAUACACCAAAGCCCCAUGCAUGUAAUGUUAGGAAAAGCCAUGCUGUCAUAAGCUUCAGGGUACAGAGGGCGUGUGCAUGUGUGUCUGUGUCUUUGUGUUUGUAUGUGUGAGCGUCGGGGGCUGGGGCACAGGACAGAUCUGGACAUAUAACAUAGUCCAGGGCAUGCAAUAAUAGGUGAAUCCUUGGGGAUCUGAUGUGUGCAUAUGCGUGCGUAUGUGUAUCUGAGUGAAUUGGGGACGAGGCAGACAAAUAUGUGAAGCAGCAAGGCCCCAUAUAUGUAAAAACAGGAGAAGCCAUGUCAUAAUGGGGCCCUGGUGAGUAUGCAUAUGUAAGCAUGCAUGCAUAGGUGUGUGCAUGCUGGUGUGUGUGCGUGCACAUGUACACUGAAUGGCAUAGGAUGGAGAUCAGAAUCUUACCUGCAGCUAGCCAAAUAUGCGAAAAAGGAGAAGCCAUGUCACCAAGGGGUCCAUGUGUGAGUGCGUGUGAACACAUGUGUACAGGCAUGUGUGCACAGUGGGGAGCGGGGGGAAGGCCAGGACCAGAGAGUUGUGUGACAUGGGUCAAUGCAUGCAGUAGACAAGAAGCCAUGUGGAGUUGAAGUUUCCGAGUGUGUGGGACACACACAUAUGUUCCAGGUCACAGUGGAAGCAGAGACAGACAAUCAGGAAGGCCGGGCACCAGGGCCUGUUUGCAGUUCUGUCAUGGGAGAGAUCACUUGUCACAGAGAGUCACCAAGGUUGCAUGGGCACACUUGCCAGGAGACAGGGGCACAACCCUUUGGGGGCUCAUGCUGCUGAUGCCUUUGCUGUGGACAUCAUGUCCUGUUUGAAGGGAAAACUCUUUUUUGUAAUUUCCAGGCAACAGGAUUCUAAUGAAGGUAUUUGCCAAUUUGCUGUCAGCAAACACAAUCAUUAACCGCCGUCUUACUUUGUCCAGUAUAGUUUCAUAGCACGUGCCUCAUUCUUGCUCUUGUCUCACACAUGUGUUGUGUGUGUGAUGAUACAUGAGCAUGUUCUUCAGAGGCUAUGCAUAUAUGUGGAUUGUGACAGGAGGAAGAAGUGGUGAGAAUUUUUAUAAAAGGAACAAAGAAUAGUGGAUAAGUAGAGGCAGAAUUCAAUUAGAGAAACCCCCCAAAAGGUACCAACUGGUCUUUAGACUCCUGUGUGGAAGCAGGAGGCCACACAGCCUCAUCUCCUCUCCCAUGCAAACCUUGCGUCCUGAUGUUCAGGUGUUGUCGGUGUGGCUGAUAUUUGGCUUCUGGCCAACAUCCUGCAUUUGUCCUGGAGACCAGCCUAGUGUUCAAAGUGCAGUGGGGACCACUGCUGCCCAAGCAUGAGCUCUGUCUCUCCCGGGGCACUGAAAAUGAUGCUACAUCUGUGAGGUGGGACGGAGUGGGGAGGUGUUUCCAGUGAGGCAGAUCUUGUGUUUUCUUAAGUUUAGCUCUGUCCUGCCAGUGGGCAUGGAGCUGAGCUGGGGCAGGUGCAUGUGUGUGUGUGUAUGUGUGUGUAUGCACGUGUAGUGCGUGUGCACACACGCAGGCACUGAGAGGUGAUGGGAAGCAUGAAAGCUUGUUUGGAUGGAGCAGAAGAUGGAACCUGCCUGAGCAGAUGCUGGACUGUCCCCGUGUGGUGCCGCAUGCCAGCCCUGAACAGAAGAAUGUCCCCACUGCAUCCCCAAAUGCCAGUGCCUCCUCUCCACCUGCUCAAGCUGGCCAAGUUGAGGGGCAGUGGUAAGAAGACACCAACCCCACCACCCCUGCCAAGGCCCUGGGGCUUAAGGACAGUGAGCCCUCCCAAUCACUCUCCCGUUGUCCUGCUGCUGGUUUCUCUGCUCUGAAGAGAAGAAAAUCCUGAAAGCGUUGUCAAUGUUCAGGUGGCCCCAUGCUGCAAGAGUCUCUCGAGAGGGGUGCUGCCCCCUUGGCCAGUGUGCUGGACUUUGAGUGUCUGAGGGGUAAGAGGGCCACCUCCUCCUCACAGCCAAGACUCUAUCUAAGCUGGAAGCACAAUCUGGCUCCACCCCCAACCCCUGCCAUGCCUUAGACCCUGGAAGAUGGGAAUCCUGGCCCAGGCCAGGGGAAAGGGCCAAACAGGUUAGAAGUUGCUCCCUCUCCACCAGGCGUGCACUCACCAAGAACAAUCAAAAGCUCCCUUUCUGCCUACUUUUCCAGGGGUACUGGGUCUGGGGGGUGGGUCACAGCUCCUGCUUCGUCACUCAGCAUGAAGUUGGUCCCUCCCUGAGCCACUCCCAGCUACAUGCACAAACAUCUGAAAGUAGGCUGGCCUCUCUGGCUGACAUCUGGAAUGGUCCUGUGUGGAUACCCAUCUGCAAAGGGGCUAGAGGUUUGGACAAACAGCUGCAUGGACUUAUCAUCUGGGAUGGGCCCAGCCUCAUGGACAGAUACAAGAAAUGAGCCCAACUCUGUGGGCAGGUCUCUGGAUUAGACACAUCUGGAAGUUGCAGGUCAAGUGGACACAUCUGGAAGUGGCCCGGCUGCUGGCUGCCAUGGAAGGGCCGUGCCCUCUGUCCCCAUGGCAGUUUAAAUCAAGCCUUCCCUUCAGUCCUGGAUUUGCCCUGGAGUUAAAAUUUCAGAGCUGAGGUCGUACAUGAGUCACAAAACUUUUAGGUAGAAGGUUAAUGUUCUGUACAAUAUAUAUAUGAAUGUAAAAUAUAUAUAUAUACUGUAUAUAUAUAUAUAUAUGCACAGUGUAUAUAUGACCUGUAGCCCAUGUGUAUACAACCCUUUCCUGCACGUCUGCACACGGAGUGUACAUAACCCAGCCAGCAUGGAUGAGGACCAGAUGAGAGAUGGGGGCUGCAGCAGCAAAGUCUGGGAUGGAGGUCUCAGAGAGCCCCUUGGGGUGGGGAAGGCCCUCCACACAUCAGAGCUCCAGACCCUGAAGAAGAGGGCAGAGCUACAUGGUGCUGCCAGGUGAGUCCUGCACUGCCAGGGCCUCCUGUGGGAGGGGCAGGAAUGGCCAACGGACCUCAUCUCCAUUGGAGCCUGUCUGAGGCAGGACAGUUGGGCGCGUCUGAGAAGCAAUGUCAUGCUAGUACUCGGCCCCUGUGCCGAUAUUACAUUCUAGUUCUGGGGCAAUUCGUCAGGAGCAGAAGGGCUGGGAAAGAGCAGGCCACUCCCCAGGCUUGUUCUCACACCUGCCUGCAGAAUCGCAGGUAGGUUUCAGGCUCCACCUGGGAUACCCUAGAAGGCAGGGCUAUUCUAGGUAGCAAAAGCCUCUGCCUUUGAUUCUCACCCACAUGCAGAAGCAGUCACAACUUGCACACAACACAGCUCACAACUAGGGAAAGCACUUGUUAAAGAGAAUGCCCCCAGGGCAUGGCCAGCAUGCCGAUACAGUGUUCCCAUGCCCCUGUUACUGAUCCUGUCCUCCUGCCUUCUAGAACAGUGGACCUCACAUCACCUCCCAGAUUGUCUCCAUUUUAUGGAUCGAAACUCUGAGGCCUCCAGACAUGAAGAAACAGCCAUAGAUUCAGUCAAAUGCCAGCCAAGGGUUUGCCUCGCCUCAGACAACCUCCCCAGCCCCAUUUGACCCAGAGACCAGCUGUCAGGGAGCGACCUCGGAGCCAGAGGGGUGAAAGAUGAGAGGCAAGAAGGUAGCUCCUAUCCUAGCACAGCCCAGGCUCCAUCUAUCAGCCCUUCUAUCCCCUGCGGCAUCCUGGCAGGGCAGUUGGCAGAGUGCCCCCUCCCCAGGAGGCUGCAGACCUCUGUCCCUGGCUCACCCAGAUCGGUCUGUUCUCUGCAGUUCCAUUCCUUUAGCCUCUUUCGCGGGUCUGAGCAUCUCUGGAGCAUGCAGAGGAGGAGAUAUCUGAGGUGGGCUUCCGUGCAGUCAGCAGCCUGACCCAGCUUCAGCCUCAGGCGUCAGGCUGGUCUGCACUGAACUCUGGGUCUGCCUCUGGGACCCUGACCAAGCACGCCUGACUCCAGCCCCAUAAGAAGCAUCCUGUCUUGGUUCCAUAGGGAUCAUGGGCCCUCUUACCACUGUGCAUCAAGCCCCCAGCCCACCUCUGCCUGGGCCGACUUCCUGGUUGGGCCUCCCAUGGUAGGGGCCUCAGUUCCCAGGCUCUGGGCUGAGCCCCCAGGCAGCACCAUGGGCCUCUGAGACCCUAGACCUGUCCCACCACCCAGACCAGAGUGCCUGGACGCCCCCCACUCCCACUCAACAUGGUUCCCACACACUGGUCUCUGGGCCAUUCAGGGGAUGCCCUUUGUGGACAUGCAGAAUUUCUAUGAAUAUAGUUUUUUGUAAACAUUUUGUAACAAUUUGGGUUUCAUAGUAACUGUGUUACUUGCCAAUCAUUCUAGGCUGAUGUAAAUAAAUUUCCAAACAAAUCUGAUUAUUUUCCUUUUUAAGACACUGUGAUAUAUCAAAGUGCACAGUUUGCUGUAUGAAGUAAUAUGGUUUUAAAUUUUAAAUAAAAUGUUUCUAGAAAACAG